AUGCUUUCGAUCGCUCGCUCUGCUCUUCGCCCGAAUCUCACUCGCGCCUUUGCUGCGCCUGCCAGCGCGUCGUCGCUGCACACACUCCCCGACCUGCCAUACGGCUAUGAUGCGCUGGAACCACAUAUCAGCAAGGAAAUCAUGGAGCUUCACCACAAGAAGCAUCACCAGACCUACGUGAAUGGUCUGAACGCCGCCGAGGAGUCCUUUGCCAAGUCGAGCUCGGUAAAGGAGCGCAUUGGUCUCCAGUCCGCGCUCAAGUUCAAUGGCGGAGGACACAUCAACCAUUCGCUCUUCUGGAAGAACCUGUCGCCUUCAAGCGAGGGUGGCGGUCAGAUACAGGACGGUCCGCUCAAGACUGCUAUCAUACGUGACUUCGGCUCCGUCGAGGAUUUCAAGAAGACGUUCAACGCCAAGACUGCUGCUAUUCAGGGCAGUGGCUGGGGAUGGCUCGGAUACAAUGCUACGAGCAAGAAGCUCGAGAUUGUUACCACCGCCAACCAGGAUCCUUUGAUCACCCACACACCCAUCAUCGGCGUUGAUAUCUGGGAACACGCAUUCUAUUUGCAGUACAAGAACGUGAAGCCCGAUUAUCUCAAUGCUAUCUGGAACGUCAUCAACUUCAAGGAGGCAGAGGCACGCUUCGUCGAGGCUGGCGCUAGUGUUUAA